CCAAACACACAGUCACAUACGAGGGAGAGGCAGCCAGCCACAGGUAGACGGAAACUGUUCAAAACCCCUUCAAGAUGUCAGGCAUCGCAACCAAACUUCAGCAUUUGAGAGAGAAAUCCAAGGGGAUUGGAACCAACUCUCACGCAGGGAAAUACUUGAACCAAGACUUUGAGGAGCUGAGGAGGAGCUGUCUGGAGAGAGGACAGCUGUUUGAGGAUGACUGCUUCGAAGCUCUGCCUUCAUCCUUAGGCUUCAAUGAGCUCGGACCAAACUCCUCCAAAGUGCGGGGAGUCACCUGGACGAGACCCACCGAGUUGUGCCGAAACCCAAAAUUCAUCUCUGAAGAUGCUACAAGGACUGAUAUUUGUCAGGGAGCACUUGGCGACUGCUGGCUCCUGGCGGCUAUUGCCUCCCUAACUCUCAACAAGCAGGUUUUGUCCCGCGUUGUGCCCCAUGGCCAAAGCUUUACUGAAAACUAUGCUGGAAUUUUCCACUUCCAGUUCUGGCAGUUUGGUGACUGGAUAGAUGUGGUUGUUGAUGAUCGCCUGCCCACCAGAGACAGGAAACUCCUGUUUGUUCACUCAGCGGAGGGCUCUGAGUUUUGGAGCGCCUUGCUGGAGAAAGCCUAUGCUAAAAUAAAUGGAUGCUACGAGGCUCUCUCUGGAGGCAGCACCAUUGAGGGCUUUGAAGACUUCACUGGGGGCAUCGCAGAGCGACAUGAACUGGCGAGACCAGAUCCACAUCUCUUCAAAAUAAUCCAAAAGGCCUUGAAAAGAGGCUCUCUUUUGGGAUGCUCCAUUGAUAUCACCAGUGCAGCUGAUUCUGAGGCGAUCACACAUAGCAAGCUGGUGAAGGGGCACGCUUACUCUGUCACAGCGGCCGACCAGGUUGAGUAUCAAGGAGACAUGGUGCAGCUGAUCAGGAUCAGAAACCCGUGGGGUCAAGUGGAGUGGACGGGUGCAUGGAGUGACAACUCUCAUGAAUGGAGAUCUGUUAGCAGUGAGGAUCGGGAGCGACUGACUAACCGAUCUGAGGAUGGAGAAUUCUGGAUGUCCUUUUCCGACUUCCUCCGUGAGUAUUCCCAGCUUGAGAUCUGCAACCUUACCCCUGACUCUCUGACAGAUGAUGAAUACCAGAAAUGGGCGGAGACAGAGUUUGAGGAGACAUGGAGGAGAGGUGUGUCAGCUGGCGGCUGCAGGAACUAUCCAGACACCUUCUGGACAAAUCCUCAGUUUGUGAUAAAGCUGGACGAGGUGGACGACGACCCCAAUGAUGGUGAGGAGGAGGGAUGCACGGUCAUUGUGGGCCUGAUGCAGAAAAACAAGCGCCACAGGAGGAAAGUGGGAGAAGACAUGGAGACCAUUGGAUUUGCAAUUUAUGAUCUUCCCAAGGAGUACUCUGGCAAGACACAGGUGCACCUGAAAAAAGAUUUCUUCCUGUACAACCGUGCAGCAGCACGCUCCGAGACCUUCAUCAACCUGAGGGAGCUGUGCAACCGCUUCUGUCUUCCCCCUGGAGAGUAUCUCAUUGUUCCCUCCACCUUCGAGCCCAACAAAAACGGGGACUUCUACGUGCGGGUGUUCUCUGAGAAACAAGCAGAUUUCCAAGUGAUUGAUGAACGAGUAGAAAGUCAUGUGGAGAAGAUCGAUAUUGAUGAAGAUGACAUCAGUGACAAAUUCAAGAAGCUUUUUGGACAGCUUGCAGGAGAGGAUGUGGAAAUUUCUACAUAUGAGCUGCAAAGAAUCCUCAACAGAGUGGUGAUGAAGAGAGAAGACAUCAAAACCAGCGGGUUUAGUCUUGCAACUUGCCGCAAUAUGAUUAACCUGCUGGAUAAAGAUGGAACUGGUAAGCUGGGCCUGGUAGAGUUUAAGAUCCUGUGGACAAAGAUUGAGAAAUUUAUGGAUCUGUUCAAAUCAAGAGAUGUAGAUCAGAGUGGGUGCAUGAGCUCCUCCGAGAUGCGGGUGGCCGUCGAGGACGCGGGUUUCUCUCUGAACAACUCUCUCCAUCAGAUCAUUGUGGCUCGCUACAGUGAAACGAACCUCACCAUUGACUUUGAUAACUUUGUGGGCUGCCUGAUUCGCUUGGAGACACUUUUCAACACUUUUGAGGAGCUGGACAAAGAUGGUUCUGGUACCAUCGAGCUGAACUUCAUGGAGUGGCUGAAUGUGACGAUGUUGUAACAGAGCUGCAAGCAAACAGAAGAAUCAAGAUGUUUUGUAGGACCUUAUUUGGAUUAAAUAACUGCAUAAACAAAAUUACUUAGUCAUCAACUCUGAACCUUUAUUUGUUUUUCGCUAUCUGCAGACAGAGGUUUGCUUAUAAGUUAAUCGCUAGGGAUUAGUUUUGAGGGAACAAUUAUUGCUAAUGCUUGCUUAAAAAAGGACAAUCAGCAAACAUCAGGUAAUUCUUUGAUAGAAGAGGGAUCUGCUUGGGCUGAAAAAUACAACACCUUUAAUGUUUUUCUCAUUUAGACUGGAAAACCUCCACAAAAGAGCAUUAAAUUGGGUAAAAGCUACUUUCUCCAAUAUCUCUGAAAGAAUGAAAGUUUUGAGAUCGGUACAUAAUGUGAAAAAAACUGAUACGUUUUUUUUUUUAUCAAACAAUUUACAUUUGAAUGUACCAUUGGGGACCACACAGGAAGUAAUGCUGCUUUUAAUAACAACAAGGACUGAGGCUCAAAUAGCAGAUAAAUCUUUGAAGAGCCAUGCAGGUUUGAUAUCAGCAGGGUUUCAUUUAACCAUUUAACCAUGCCUUUAAGAAUUGUAAAUGUAACAGGCUGAAACAGAUUUAAAACAGCUGAGCAGGGGAAAAAAAUACUAAUAAACAGCAAUCAAUAUUUCAACUGUCACCUGUCUUAAGAUUUAUUAAAAUAGCUGUUGAAUCACGAUAGUAGUUUUUGUAUUUUGAAUUAUUUCCCCAUGUAUUGAGGUAGGAUCAUCUGAGUCAGUGAGCUGACCAAACCGGAGCUGCCAUAACUGAUUUGCAGAGGACACCUCAUAAAAUAAUGGAGUUAACGGAAACCCCAAAGCCUCCUCUGCUAAUGAAGCAGCAGUAUGACUGGAGUCAGAUGAUUCCUCAGAACCGCUUCACCACAGACUGCUACAGGAGAUCCCUCCUACUCACAGCAGUAACCACAUUUCAAUUACUCAUUGAAGAAACUUAUGUAAUGAGAACUACUGUAAUAGCUUAUUUCUCCACUAGGAUAAAGAAGGUGUCAUUGAAUUGAAUUAAAUUUACGUUUCAUUACAGCAGGUUCACCAAGUCUUAAAUGUGUGGUAGUCCUGUUUUCUUUUGAGGUUUGGAGUGGGUGAGAAACAUCCUUGCACCAGUGAAUAAGACUCUUUUCUUCAAGAAUAAAACACAAAAAAUG